AGAAGUUCCGUUUGAAAUGAGUUGAAGGAAGACGCUACGAGGAUAAAUAACACGUGUAAAAAAAAAAUACUAUAAGUGAAACUAUAUAUUUGACCAUCUGCUGAGUUUUACUACAAGGAGUGACAAUGUCAGGGAUUCCUCCAGACACAUGGCAGCCUCCCACAGUGGCUUUAGAGACGACGAUGGGGACUAUCGUGGUGGAGCUGUACUGGAACCACGCUCCAAAAACAUGCAAGAACUUUGCGGAGCUCUGCAGGAGAGGCUACUACAACAACACCAAGUUUCAUCGGAUCAUCAAAGACUUUAUGGUGCAGGGGGGAGAUCCGACAGGCACAGGUCGGGGUGGUGCCUCCAUAUACGGCAAACAGUUUGAAGAUGAACUAAAUCCAGAACUAAAAUUCACAGGUGCUGGUAUUAUUGCGAUGGCCAACGCAGGACCGGACACGAAUGGGAGUCAGUUCUUCCUCACUCUGGCGCCCACCCAGUGGCUGGAUACAAAGCACAGUAUUUUUGGACGCGUGUGCCAGGGAAUCUCCGUGCUGAACCGGAUCGGGAUGGUGGAGACGAGCACCCAAGAUCGUCCAGCCGACGACAUCAAAAUUGUCAGAGCUACUGUUCCUAAUUAAAUCAAUGCUGUUGUUUUUACACACUGUUGUUUUUUUUAUUAUUUUCAAAAUAAAUUUGCCACAAACAUG